AUGGCGGCAACAAACUCGAUCUACCGCUGGCAAAACAUGGUUCUGCACUCAGCCCUCGUCACUGACAGUCUCUCACUUUGCAUCUUUGGUCAAGCGCUUAGUCAGAUACGUCGGUGGCCUACGAGCGACAUCGUGAACUUCGAUCUUGGUCGCGUCAACGCCAGAGUACGGCUCGACCGCUACAAAUGCACAUCUUCUGGUGCAGUUGGUCGUGUCACCACCACGUCGACUCAUCACACGACGAUUGUCGCACUUGUCUUCAGGUUCUUUUGCUGCAGCGUCUUUGUCACCCUCGGCGAACGAGAUCAGGCUGCAACAAGCCUUAUGUCCUCGCAGGGUUUCACUCGCGCAGCCAACACAUAA